GAGGGUAACAGUCGCCAUUCAUUCACUCGACAAUUUUUUUUGGAGUAUUUCGACGAUAAAUUCGUAGAAUGCACAUGCGAAUUUUAAGAAAUUUGGUUUACGGUGGUUGAAUAUUACUGGGAUAUGUCAUUGAUUUUGAGAUUUUGAAGAGUUCAUUUUUUUUUUAUUAUUAUUUUCCAAUUAUAUAAGUUCGUGUGAUUCCAGAUACGUUUUCAGAGGUUGGGUAAUUGAUGGGAGACAUGGCUGAUGACAAAAUACUAUUCGACUGGGGCAAUGAAAAACUCCAGAGGGCUCAGAAGACCGUGGACGAAUCGCCCUUCGACCUGGAGGCAUGGAGCAUCCUUAUAAGAGAGGCUCAGAACAGACCAAUUCCAGAAGUGAGACCUAUAUUCGAGAAACUCGUCACGGUUUUCCCCUCAGCUGGGAGAUAUUGGAAGAUUUACAUUGAGCAAGAGAUGAAAAUGCGCAACUUUGAAAAAGUGGAGAAGCUUUUCCAAAGGUGCCUCAUGAAAAUUCUCAAUAUUGAAUUGUGGAAAUUGUAUCUGUCGUACGUUAAAGAAACCAAGUCCAGUUUGGCCACGUACAAGGAGAAAAUGGCUCAGGCGUAUGAUUUUGCGCUAGACAAAAUUGGAAUGGACAUUCACUCGUACAGUAUUUGGAAUGAUUAUGUUUCAUUUUUGAAAAGUGUCGAGGCUGUGGGCUCUUAUGCUGAGAAUCAAAAAAUCAGUGCAGUGCGAAAGGUGUAUCAGCGUGGUGUUAUAAAUCCUAUGGUUAAUAUGGAACAAUUGUGGAAGGACUACAUGGCGUUUGAACAAAAUAUCAAUCCAAUAAUCGCUGAGAAAAUGGCGAUAGAAAGAUCUCGGGAUUACAUGAAUGCCAGACGUGUUGCUAAGGAGUUGGAAGCUGUCACAAGGGGACUCAACAGGAGUGCACCCAGUGUUCCACCGACUGGUCAUCCCGAAGAAGUUAAACAAGUGGAACUGUGGAAAAAAUACAUCGCCUGGGAGCGGAGUAAUCCGUUGAGAACAGAGGACACAUCCCUAGUGGCAAAAAGAGUAAUGUUUGCGAUAGAGCAAUGUCUUCUGUGCCUGGGACAUCACCCAGCUGUUUGGCACCAGGCAGCGCACUUCCUGGAGCUCUCCUCAAAAAUUCUGACGGAGAAGGGAGACGUGAAUGCAUCGAAGAACUUGAGUGACGAGGCAGCGACGAUGUUCGAGCGUGCCACCAGCACUCUCCUGGCUAAAAAUAUGCUCCUCUACUUUGCGCACGCCGAUUUCGAGGAGGGACGAGUCAAGUACGAGAAAGUCCACCAGAUUUACCAGAAAUUUCUCGAUAUAUCGGACAUCGAUCCCACCCUGGCUUAUGUCCAGUACAUGAAAUUUGCCAGGAGAGCCGAGGGAAUAAAAUCAGCUCGAACAGUUUUCAAACGUGCAAGAGAAGACACACGCUGCAGACAUCACGUGUACGUAGCAGCUGCACUGAUGGAGUACUACUGCACCAAAGACAAGAACAUUGCGUUUCGUAUUUUUGAACUUGGCUUGAAAAAAUUCGCGGACAAUCCCGAGUACAUUCUCUGUUACAUUGAUUAUCUGUCACAUCUCAAUGAGGAUAAUAAUACGAGAGUCUUGUUCGAACGUGUGCUAUCGUCUGGGAGUUUGGAGCCUGAGAAAUCGGUGGACAUUUGGAAUCGAUUUCUCGAGUUCGAAUCGAAUAUCGGAGAUCUCGCUAGUAUUGUCAAAGUGGAGAAACGAAGAAGUGCUGUUUUGGAGAAGAUCAAGGAGUUCGAGGGAAAAGAGACUGCUCAACUAGUCGACAGAUAUAAAUUUUUGGAUUUAUAUCCUUGCUCAGCAGUGGAAUUGAAAUCAAUAGGUUAUAUCGAUGUUUCGAGUAUAGGUAGGAGCACUCAGGGUGUAUCACCACGUAACCAGGACACUGAGGAAGUUAUAGCAGCAUUGCCAAGGCCUGAUCUCUCGCAGAUGAUUCCAUUCAAGCCAAAAGUCAAUCCACUGCCUGGAGAGCACCCCGUACCAGGGGGAUCAUUUCCAUUGCCACCUGCAGCAGCACAACUGUGCACCAUGUUGCCCCCUCCAGGUUGUUUCAGAGGGCCAUUUGUUGCGGUUGAUUUGCUAAUGGAUGUGUUCAGUAGGAUACAGCUGCCCGAUCACGCUCCUCUACCUGUUGCUGAUAAUGGCUGCGACACGAAGCUGUUCGAUCUGGCUAAAUCCGUUCACUGGAUCGUGGACGAGAGUAAUGACGGUUCAUCUAUUGGCUCGAAACGGCGAAGGACACGUCUCGGAGGUGAAGACAGUGAGGAUGAGGAUCUACCACCACCACCUGUCAACGAUAUUUAUAGACAGAGGCAGCAGAAACGUGUGAAAUAGAACUGGUGUCUCAAUCCUUGAUCAGUUAUUGAUCGAGAUCCUAGGAGAAAACUGUUGUCCUGGUGUUCAAUAUCUAAGUAGAUUUAUUACCACUGGAGAGGGUGUUUAUUGCACUGAUAACUGAGUGCCAUGUACUCAAUGCAUUUAUCGAUAACGUGGAAAUAUUUUUUAACAGAAAAAUUACCAUCGAAAUUGAAAUUUAAUCCAACAGUGGAGUUGUGAGGAACAUUCCUUCGCAAUAUCAUUUGUCUUCGUUAAUUUGACAUUUAUCAUGUUGAAAAUUCAAUCUCUAACUUCACUGAUGGAUUUUAUUCCCCGGAAGACCUGAAAGUAAUAAUUCCAAUUGUAACUUUUUCAUUAUCCAUCGUACAUUUGGUGUAAAUAUUUCUAAUCGCAGAAUCGUCAGGUCAAUAUUAUUGUAUAUAUCGCUUGAAUUUUUCCAUCAACUUGUAUUAUCCAUUGAAUUCCGUACCCUUGAUUAAUUGAAUAAAGUCUCUGG